AAAAUUUACUGUUUUUAAUCUCCUAUUCAAACAGAACGAGACGACCGGAAAUAGCGUGAAAACGACUAAGGAGCGACCUAUAAUGAGUAUUUUCAAAAUGCUGAACAGCAAUCGUUCCGGAGCUACAGUUCAGGAUGUAGUAAAUGCGCAAACGGAUGAGGAUAUUGAAGAUGCCCAUUACAAAUCCAAGAUGGAUGCCCAUCUAGAUAAUCAGCUGAUCCACGAGGAGAAGGAAGAAGCUCAAUAUGGAAGUAAUAUUGAGGAUUUUCCAGAAGAACCCGCCGUUCAACCCCCGCCAAUCAGAACUCAGAGCUAUAAUACAAUCUAUGUUUACACAACAACAAAACCGGUGGAUACAACGUCAUCUGCAACGACUGAUCAUAUUGGAAAUUAUUAUUCUAGUGGUAGAUAUUCUCAGAAGGAUGAGUACAGUAUACUGGAUCCAGUUUAUGAAAAUCCUUCCUUUGAUGUCCAGGAUCCAAGAUUGGACUCGUAUGAAAACCAUCCUUAUGUUCACCCCUACCCUGGAUACGAGGAUCCUAAUGAGAACCUGGAGAACCAAGAGAACCAGGGGAACGAACAGAGAAAGGGAUUUAUGCCGAUUGAUCCUGAAUCCCUAAAUCCCAAAACCAGUAUUGUUGUUGGAACGGCUGUGCCGAGUGUUCCCUCUGAAUCCUUCCUGCUGGAGAAAGUGUUUAUCUGUGUGAGUUUGAUCGUGAUUAUUCUCCUCGUGUAUCUCAUCUCUCUUCUCCUCAGGAGUAAAUACGCUAGGAAGAGAUUUAAACUCCUUGAUAACUCAGUUGAAGGUGUGACCUCCUACCACAGUUUAUCCCCCUACCAGGAGGUCAAUGGGUCAGCUCCCCAGGACAAAACAAAGGGUCUGACCACCAAGCAUUUGACAACAAACAGGAAACAGAGUGAUACCAAGCUGAAACCGUUCAAAUCUCCAAGUUCACUGUCAGCCAGUACAGAACCCUGCGGUAGCAUUGAAUCACUACAAUUGCAUCGACGUGAAAGUAAAACCGGUUCUGUGGCCUACACUCUUAGUCCUGAGGAAAAUCAUUCUCAUAAAGAACUAGUCAACAUCAAAUCAAACUUCUUUGUGGAACAACCGUACAAGGAACUUGUAAUUCUCAACUCUAGACCUUCAAGCAGAAUGGGAAGUCGUGUUCAAGAAGCAAUGGAAGGACGUGGUGUUUACCCUGGUGGACCGCUAGGUGGUAGGGAGGUAGUAGCGCAUUCCAACAUUCCUCAACCAACCCUGGGCAUAAGGCGAGUACAGUCCCGGGAGCCACCACGUGAUCUACACAUACCAAACCCAACCAUGCCAAAUCAAAUGCCAAGCCCCUCCGCUUCCGGUCAGUCCCAAGCCACCACGCCGGUCAUCCCAACUCUCACAUCUCCAUUUCCGGCCUCAGUUGCAAGAAGUUUAAGGAAUAUCAAUCCUUCCAGGGAUAACUUCCGCAAAAUCCAGGAUUCAAUCGGACAAACUUUAGGGGAUUUCAAGUCAACUUGUCAAACAUUGUCUUAUCCGUCUAAUCAGUAAUUAUUAUUCCGUCAAUCAAUCAAUCAAUUUAUCAAUCAAUGGAAUUUAUCAAGACUUUCUCUAAUGAGAAUGGAAUAAAACAGUGUAACCAUAACAAAAGUAUUAAUUCCAAACUU